AUGCCCAUGAUCUCGCUACUCUCGCGCUAUUCGCGUGCGCGCGUCAGUCGCAUGCCCUUCGCCCUCAGACAGCUAUCGACUCUCCCGAACACGCACAUCUUCCGCGCACUCCGAGACCACGACCCGGACAGUCUGGCUGUUGUUCACAGUUUGUCCGCCCGCUCAUUUACAUACGGGAGUUUAAUUGCCGAUGUUGUCGCGGCCAAGGAUGAUCUCGAGCGCGAAGCUGCCAAGGCGCAGGGUCAAUUGGCCGUGACCUUGUUGGCGAUCUUUGCGAGUGAUGCUAUUGCGCUGCCGCUGUCGCCUUCUUUUCCGACACGAGAAUUGAAGUAUAUUCUCGAUAAUUCGCAGGCAAAGGUAUUGCUUGCCACUGAGAAAUAUGCCGGCAAGGCUAUGGAUAUCCUGAAUCAGGGGUUGGAACGUGAGCCUUUGUUCAAUAUUCGCAAUAAGCUCAUGGAGGGUGCUGCUCGUGAGAGUGUCACUUUGGAGGAGCUGAAGAAGCCUGCUGGUGGAAUGAUGCUAUACACAUCUGGCACGACCAAUCGACCAAAAGGCGUACUCAUUCCACAAUCGGCACUGGCAGCACAAGCCUCAUCCCUCUUACAAGCAUGGAAGUACUCCCCCGAUGACCGCCUCUUACACCUACUACCACUGCACCACAUCCACGGUGUAGUAAAUGCAAUCGUGGCACCAAUAGUAGCAGGCACAUCCAUCGAAUUCAUGUACCCCUUCAACACAGACCAAGUCUGGAAACGCCUAGCAGCACCUUUCCAACGCAACACCACCACCACUCCUCCAUCCAAAAUCACCUUCCUAACCGCCGUCCCGACAAUCUACAACAGACUCCUAAACUCCUUCCAAAACCUCCCAACAGAAACCCAAACAGCCGCAAAAGAAGGAAUCUCCCCUCAAAACCUCCGCCUAAACAUCUCAGGCUCAGCCGCCCUCCCAACACCAACAAAAACAUCCUGGUCAACCCUAAGCAACGGCAACAUCCUCCUCGAACGCUUCGGCAUGACAGAAGUCGGCAUGGCAAUAAGCUGCGGCCUCGACCCUGCCGACCGAGUCGACGGCAGCGUCGGCUGGCCCCUCCCAGGCGUGGAAGCACGUCUAGUCGACACCGAAACGGGCGAAGUAAUUCCCCCCGGCGCCGAAGUCGACGCUCAAGGCCGUGAACGUGAAGGCGAGAUCCAGUUACGGGGCGAGACUAUUUUCAGUGAGUAUUGGGGUAACGAGAAAGCCACACGCGAGGGGUUCGUGGGUGGUGAGGAUGGAAAAGGGAAAUGGUUCUGUACGGGUGAUGUAGCGACGAGGAGGGUUGUUGACGGGGCUGGACGUGGUGGGAGUGGAGAGUGGGCGAAGGGACCGAUGUAUUUCAUUCAGGGGAGGAAGAGUGUUGAUAUUAUCAAGACGGGCGCGGAGAAGGUUAGCGCGUUGGAGGUUGAGAGGGAGUUGCUUUCGCUUCCCCAAAUCACCGAAGCAGCCGUCGUCGGCCUCCCCUCUGAACAAUGGGGACAGAAAGUUGCUGCGGUCGUCGUCCUCCAUCCCGAUGCUGCUACUUCAAGUCGUAAUGGGAAGUCUUGGGGUCCGAUGGAUAUGAGACGAGCAUUGAAGGAACGUUUGGCUUCUUAUAAGAUUCCAUCCGAGAUGAAGGUUUUGGAUGCUAUUCCCAGGAAUGCCAUGGGAAAGGUUAAUAAGAAGGCGCUUAUUAAAGAGGUUUUUGAUGUUUGA